UAGUUAAAUCGAAAGAGCGUUGUAAAUAUCCCGCAUGUUAAAAUAAAAAAUUAAAUAGAUGGAACUCGAUAGAAAAAGGUACCGAGAUAUUGUGAAAUACAGAAAUAUAUAUAGGUGGAAAGACGCCUGCAGUAAGGUCAAGCGAUAGACGUCGACCUCAUAGCCUGUCAUCUUCAAUUACGUCAUUCCGUGUUAAUUUUUCAAGAUUGGAACCAAGAGAUUUUGAACGGCUGCGAUUGUCUUACAAAGUGGCAACAGUGGAUCAAAGAAGAUCUCGAAGUUGUCGUGUUAUGAACAUGGGCCAAAAAAUAAGCGGCAGUGUUAAAACUGUAAACCGGAAUGAUUCUCAAACUCCCUUUAAACCAAUAAUACCGAGAGAAUUGGCCCUUGAUUUUGUAAAUCCAGCAAGAAUAGAUAUUCUAUUAGAUAUGCCGCCUGCAAGUAAAGAAGUUCAACUAAAGCAUUCCUGGAACUCAGAGGAUAGGUCGUUAAAUAUAUUUGUAAAAGAAGAAGAUAAACUGACCUUUCAUCGACAUCCUGUGGCUCAAAGUACCGACUGUAUUCGUGGAAAGGUUGGAAUGACAAAAGGCCUUCAUAUAUGGGAGAUAUAUUGGCCUACAAGACAGAGAGGAACUCACGCUGUUGUUGGUGUUGCCACGGCGGAUGCUCCCCUACAUUCUGUAGGAUAUCAAAGUCUAGUUGGUUCAACAGACCAAAGCUGGGGAUGGGACUUAGGAAGAAAUAAACUUUAUCACGACUCCAAAAAUUAUGCUGGUGUCACUUAUCCUAAAAUUCUAAAAAAUGACGAGGCCUUCUUGGUUCCCGACAAAUUUUUAGUAGCUCUUGACAUGGACGAAGGAACUUUAAGUUUUAUUAUUGACCAUCAAUAUCUGGGAGUGGCAUUUAGGGGACUGAAAGGCAAAAAGUUGUAUCCAGUAGUAUCUGCUGUAUGGGGCCAUUGUGAAGUUACCAUUCGUUAUAUUGGAGGUCUUGACCCGGAACCACUGCCCUUAAUGGAUUUAUGUAGGAGAACAAUUCGACAUGAACUUGGUCGCGCCCAUUUAGAGGAUCGGGUUCAACAAUUACAUCUGCCUCAUUCAAUGAAAACAUAUUUACUGUAUCAAAAUCGUAGAUAAUAUUUUUACUUAAACAC